AUGAACUAUACAAAAUGCUUAUCGGGCGGGGUAUGCUGCACAGUUGUUUUAUUUAUAUCGUACACGUACGGCGGUUACAUUACGCCCUUUCCGGGUUUACUGAGAUCGAACAAAACCAAUUCUAUCUGCGAAACACACUUCCGCACGUAUUCGUUGCGGUCGAUCCAGGCGGAAGGCCCUUACACCGGAGUGGGAGGCGUGAGCAAUCGUGUUGAAGAGCGUCCAUUGUCCUUCCGAAUGACUAGACCUGGAAAAUACUUUAAAAAAGACAUCUGCUCCUCAAAACUACCGAAGCUGACACGGAAGGGCCUACGCGAAGUUCACACGGGCUCAGGUCAAAAGACGUCAUUAAAAAAGGAGCUAUCGAAAAAGAAGUUGUCGAUUAAUGGAAAGCAACGAAUUUCAUACUCCUAUUACGAUGAUAACGCUAUUACCGAUAUUGAGGACUUUGAACCUAAGAAAUGGCCCUUCCAUGGA